AGCACAGUUGACAUCAUGAAGAAAAGGCAUUACAAUUUCUUGGAUCAGCGGAAUAUUGAUUUUGACCAAGACUAUGAAGAGUUUUGCAAAGAAAUAAAUGAUCUUCAUGAUCAAUUAAGGAUUUUCAUGGACAUCACCUUUGAAAAUAUUCUGAAUACUGAAAGAGCACUGAACACGUUGAAGAAAUUUGAAAGAUUACAAAUCCCAAAUCUUGGCAUUGAUGACAAGUAUCAGAAAAUACUCCAAAACUACGGUCAUGACAUAGAAACAGUCUGUAAGAUCUACACUAGGCAGAAGCAUGACCCUCCGCUGUCUCGUAAUCUGCCUCCAAUAGCUGGUAAGAUCUUGUGGGCACGCCACCUAUUCCGUAGGAUCCAGGAGCCCAUGGAGUCUUUCCAGCAACACCCAACUGUUCUUCAGACACCAGAUGGCAAGCGUGUAAUCCGCAACUACAACAGAGUAGCAAAAGUUCUUGUGAAGUUUGAGGUGAUCUACCACAGGGAAUGGCUUCAGCAGAUUGAAUUAACUAAAAGAGGACUUGAAGCAUGUCUCUUGGUAAAAGUUCCAGAAACAGGAGAAUUAUUUGUGAAUUUUGACCCUGAAAUAUUAACUUUAAUCAAAGAAACAGAUUGCAUGUCUCACAUGCACCUAGAAAUCCCACCUUUUGCACGUAAUAUUCAACAGAAGAGAGACUGGUAUAAGAAGAUUAUCAACAAUUUGCACAUGAUGCUGGCAGAAUAUAAAAGAAUUAAACUGAAAAUACAACACCCUAUUGAGCAACUGGUGGCUCCUCGAUUAGCAAAUGUAGAUGAUGCUAUUCAGCCAGGUCUAAUGUUACUGACAUGGACAUCCUUGAAUAUAGAGAAGUAUAUUAAUUCAGUUUUUUACAAGCUAGCUGGUCUGGAGUUAUUGCUUGAUCGAGUGAAUGACUUGGUUGAAUUUCGUAUUGAUGCUGUCCUUCAAGAAAUGACUAGAGUACCACUCUGUAAGUUGCCAGAUGAUGAACCACUGAGCUGUGAGGAAUUUCUUCAAAAGACUAAGGAGCUCUGUGUAAGAGGUUCUCGGACUUUGCAUUUAAAAAGCUCACUGGUGGAAGAUGCUGCUAAUGAGCUGAUUAACAUGUUACUUGACACUGAGGUACAGGUCAGUAAAGAAGAUAAGUCAGUUGUACCCACUGUUGAUUUAACUAACUAGAUACAUGAUGUUUUAGCAACAGAAGAGGAAAGAAGACCAAAAAUUUUGACUUCAUCCCACAAUUCCAGCGAGAUAUGGGCUGGACUGUCUCCUCCAGUGAAGAAGAAGAGAACAGAUUUAGAAAUACUAGAGGAAGAAGCCAAUGAACUGCUUUCCUACUUCAAUCAUUGUAAUAUUGAUGCCCUUUUGAAAGUCAUUCGAAACACUCUGGAGACCAUACGCAAGCGCAUCCAUGCAUCUUCCACAAUCAGUUUCUUAGAAAAUGACAAUGCUUCUAUGCAGAAAAGAAGUGCUCAUCCUAUAAUUAGGACUAGUAUUAACUUAUCUAUCCCUAAUAUCAUCAUGUCACCUUCUUUGGAUGAGGUACAGCAGACGCUUAAUAAAACUGUAGAUUGUAUUGUGAAAGUAAUGAAAGGAGUUGGACAGUGGAGCAUGGAGAGAAUAUCAAAGAAGAAUAUGUUAGACAAGAAAGUGACUUUGUUGCGGUGUGAGAGCAGAGACAGCGAUUCUGACAGUGGAAUGAAAGAGUCUGGAAAGAAAAAUAUCCAUGAUGUAUCAUCACUCAGUUUGCCUGAUCCGGUGCGAAACCAGAACUACUUCAAGAGUGUUUCAGAGAACAAAGAAAUUAUUAAAUUGGUAUCUUUACUCAGCACUGCUAUCAAUUCUACAAAAAGGGAAGUUCUUACAGCUUUGGAGAGUUUCAGUUGUUACCACCACCUAUGGCAGAGGGACAAGGAGGAAACCAUUGACAAAAUAAUGAUGGGAAACCCAUUACUGUCUGAUUUUGAAUCUGAAAUUCUGCAUUUCCAAGACUUGGAGCUGAAAAUCAAUUCUGAACCUGAAUACAUCUGCGUGGGAGCUAUUGCACUGUACACCGCUGAUCUGAAGCUAGCACUGAGAGCAGAAACCAAAGCCUGGGUGACUUUGCUGGGGCGUCAUUGUAAUAAGAAGUACCGAACAGAGAUGGAAGCAAUUUUGACUUUUAUAGAGGAAACUGGCAAGAAGUUAAAUCGCCACAUCAAGGAUCUGGAUGAUAUAAGAAUAGCCAUGGCAGCUUUAAAAGAGAUCAGAGAACUACAGAUCUCCAUAGACUCUCAAGUUGGGCCUAUUGAGGAAUCCUAUGCUAUGUUAAACAAAUACGGUCUUCCUGUGGCCAAGGAAGAGACAGAAAAGGUGGAUACUUUGCACUACACUUGGGAAAAACUGCUAGUCCGUGCAAAUGAAGUGCAGAAUGAGCUCAUUGCUUUGCAGCCAAACUUCAGAGGAGAGCUUAUUAGCACUGUGAAGACUUUUACGGAAGACUGUGUGCAGUUCUAUUCCGAUUAUAAUCAGAAUGGGCCAAUGGUGGUGGGUUUACAGCCUCGGGAAGCCAGUGACAGGCUUACUAUGUUUCAGAAUCGAUUUGAUAAUCUUUUUCGGAAAUAUAUCACUUACACAGGUGGGGAAGAUCUUUUUGGUUUGCCUGUAACUCGAUAUCCUCAGCUGCUUGAAAUAAAGAAGCAACUGAAUCUGUUACAGAAACUUUAUAAUCUGUAUAACAAUGUCAUUGACACAAUCAGUGGCUACUAUGAUAUUCUUUGGUCAGAAUUAGACACUGGAAAAGUUAACAGUGAACUUCUGGAGUUUCAGAACAGAUGCCGUAAGCUUCCUCGUGGUGUAAAGGAAUGGCAGGCCUUUUUUGAUCUAAAGAAGACCAUUGAGGACUUCAGUGAGUGUUGCCCAUUGCUUGAGCGUAUGUCAAGUAAAGCAAUGAUGCCUCGGCACUGGAAGCAGAUUGCAGAUCUCACUGAACACAACUUUGAUGUGGAAAGCGAAAUGUUGAAACUGAGGAAUAUAAUGGAAGCUCCACUGUUAAGAUAUAAAGAUGAAAUAGAGGAUAUCUGCAUAAGUGCUGAGAAGGAGAGAGACAUUGAGCAGAAGUUAAAACAAGUGGUAGCUGAAUGGGACAACAAAACAUUUGUCUUCACAAAUUUUAAAACCCGUGGGGAACUUCUUUUAAGAGGUGACAACGCAUCAGAAACAAUUGCCACCAUAGAGGACAGCUUGAUGGUUCUUGGAUCUCUGUUGAAUAACAGAUAUAAUACACCCUUCAAGACACAGAUUCAGAAAUGGAUGCACUAUCUUUCCAGCACAACAGAUAUCAUUGAGAACUGGAUGACUGUACAGAACUUGUGGAUUUAUUUAGAAGCUGUUUUUGGUGGUGGUGACAUAGCAAAGCAGCUUCCAAAGGAAGCAAAGCGUUUCUCUAACAUUGAUAAAUCCUGGGUAAGGAUCAUGACCCGAGCUCAUGAAACACCCAAUGUUGUUCAGUGCUGUAUUGGAGAUGAAAUCAUGGGACAGUUACUACCACAUUUACUAGAACAGCUUGAAAUCUGUCAGAAAUCACUUACAGGAUACCUGGAGAAAAAGCGCCUCCUAUUUCCACGAUUCUUCUUUGUGUCAGAUCCUGCUCUCUUAGAAAUUCUUGGCCAGGCAUCAGACUCUCACAAUAUACAGGCACAUCUGCUGAAUAUCUUUGACAACAUUAAAACUGUCAGGUUCCAUGAAAAGGUUUACGAUCGUAUAUUGUCGAUUAGUUCACGAGAGGGUGAGACUGUAGAGCUGACUAAACCUGUAAUGGCUGAAGGUAAUGUGGAAGUUUGGCUCAAUUCUCUGUUGAAGGAAUCUCAGCUGUCACUGCAUCAUGUUAUCCGUCAAGCAGCUGAGCACAUUGAGGAAAGUAAUUUCCAGCUGACUGAAUUUCUUUCUACUUACCCAGCCCAGGUUGGGUUGUUGGGGAUCCAAAUGAUUUGGACAAGAGACUCAGAAGCAGCUUUGACUAAUGCCAGGUAUGAUAAAAAAAUUAUGCAAAAGACGAACCAAUUCUUCCUGGAUCUUCUAAACGUGCUGAUAGAUACGACUACAAAAGACCUUAGCUCAGUUGAGCGAGUUAAAUACGAGACAUUAAUCACUAUUCAUGUGCAUCAGAGGGACAUUUUUGAUGGUCUGUGUUACAUGCAUAUCAAGAGUCCUACAGACUUCGAGUGGCUGAAACAAUGUAGAUUUUACUUUAAUGAAGACUCUGAUAAAAUGAUGAUUAAGAUCACUGAUGUGGGUUUCACAUACCAGAAUGAAUUUUUGGGCUGUACUGAGAGGCUUGUCAUAACGCCUCUUACAGACAGAUGUUACAUCACUGUGGCUCAAGCUUUAGGCAUGAACAUGGGUGGAGCACCUGUGGGACCUGCAGGAACUGGAAAAACUGAAACCAUCAAAGACAUGGGACGGUGCCUUGGAAAAUAUGUAGUGGUCUUCAAUUGUUCAGACCAGAUGGAUUUCCGAGGACUUGGGAGAAUCUUCAAAGGUCUUGCUCAGUCUGGCUCCUGGGGUUGCUUUGAUGAAUUCAAUCGUAUUGAUUUACCAGUACUAUCAGUAGCUGCACAGCAAAUUGCAAUUGUGUUGACGUGUAAGAAGGAAUGUAGAAAAAGCUUUAUUUUUACUGAUGGAGAUAAUGUGGAAAUGAACCCUGAAUUUGGCAUCUUUCUUACUAUGAAUCCAGGAUAUGCUGGACGGCAAGAGCUUCCUGAAAACUUGAAGAUCAACUUCCGUUCAGUGGCUAUGAUGGUUCCGGAUCGUCAAAUCAUAAUUCGUGUCAAAUUGGCUAGUUGUGGUUUCAUUGCUAAUGUUGCGUUGUCGAGGAAAUUCUUUACUCUGUACAAGCUGUGUGAAGAACAACUGUCAAAGCAGGUGCAUUAUGAUUUUGGCUUGCGGAAUAUAUUGUCAGUGCUACGAACAUUAGGAGCAACAAAAAGAGCAAAUCCUGCAGAUACUGAGUCCACCAUUGUCAUGCGUGUGCUGAGAGAUAUGAACCUGUCUAAACUAAUUGAUGAAGACGAACCUUUAUUCCUGAGUCUAAUUGAAGAUUUGUUUCCAGAUAUCCGGCUUGAUAAAGUAGGCUAUCCUGAACUGGAAGCUGCCAUUGAUAAACAG